CCAUCUCCACAGGCCAACUCCAUCGGCAACAAUACUGCUAACCUUUCACCUCCUCUGUUCACAAACUCAAUCAUAUUACUCCCAACCACUCUUAAAACCAACCAACCAAUCUCUCAAGGAUCACGCAUCCAUUUGAACAUGGCUGAUUGGUUUGAUCUCUUCUCUCCACGAUGUAAGUGGGUGACUGGUCCGAUCAUCAUCGGAGCUGGGCCGUCCGGCCUAGCAGUGGGCGCAUGCCUGAAGGAGCAAGGUGUUCCCUUCGAGAUCCUCGAGCGGUCCCACUGCAUUGCCUCCCUAUGGCAAAAGCGUACUUACGACCGCCUGAAGCUCCACCUCCCCAAACAAUUCUGCGAGCUGCCAAAGCUCCCCUUCCCGGAGGGCUACCCUGAGUACCCAUCCAAGAAGCAGUUCAUAGAAUACUUGGAAUCAUAUGCUACACAUUUUGACAUUAAACCAAGAUUCAACCAGUCAGUGCAGUCCGCAAGGUACGAUGAAACAUGUGGAUUAUGGCGUGUAAGGACUGCCGGGACUGGUGGUGAGAUGCAGUACAUUGGCCAGUGGCUGGUGGUGGCUACCGGCGAGAAUGCCGAACAAAUAAUCCCUGAGCUGGAGGGACUGGGGCUGUUUGGCGGCGAUGUGACUCAUGUCUGUGACUACAAAUCUGGCAAGGUCUACCAGGGGAAGCGGGUAUUGGUGGUCGGAUGUGGCAACUCUGGCAUGGAGGUCUGCCUUGACCUCUGCGACCACAAUGCCUUCCCAUCGAUGGUUGUUCGUGACUCGGUUCAUGUUUUACCAAGAGAAGUUCUCGGGAAAUCAACGUUUGAGCUGGCUGUUUUCCUACUGAAAUGGCUGCCACUCUGGCUGGUGGACAGGAUUCUAGUGGUGUUAGCAUGGCUGGUUCUCGGUAACAUAACGAAGUAUGGAUUGAAGAGGCCUGCUAUUGGUCCUCUGGAGCUUAAGAAUACACAAGGGAGGACCCCUGUUUUGGAUAUCGGUGCUCUGGGCAAGAUAAAGUCUGGUGAUAUAAAGGUGGUUCCUGGGAUCAACAGGUUUUUGCCGGGAAAAGUUGAACUCGUUGAUGGCCAGAUCCUUGAUGUUGAUUCAGUUAUCUUGGCUACCGGAUACCGAAGCAAUGUUCCUCAAUGGCUUCAGGGAACUGAUUUCUUCUCUAAAGAUGGAUACCCAAAAGUGCCAUUCCCAAAUGGGUGGAAAGGGACCUCAGGGCUCUACGCUGUUGGGUUCACAAGGAAAGGGCUCUCUGGUGCCUCCUCAGAUGCUGUGAGGAUAGCGAAGGACAUUGGCAGGGUCUGGAAAGAGGAAAUAAAGCCAGCACAGAGGCUCACUGCUUGCCAUAGGAGAUGCAUCUCACAGAUCUGAUGAUUUGUUCUUGUCCUGCUAAUUUUCUUUCCUUUGUUGUUUUCUUUUCCUGGUGAAACUGAUUGUAGACUGGUGUAAAAUAGACUAAUGAAAGUGCAGAGCCCUCUCU